AUGGAGACCUGGUUUUGGAUUCUUGGCUGGGUUCUUUCAUUUCUGGCAAUCACUGGAAAUGGAUUUACAAUCUUCCUCGUUUGCAGCAGACGAAAUCUCCACACGAAAACCAACGCGUUUAUUGCUUCACUUGCCGUGGCGGAUUUCUGUGUUGGUUUGAGCGUUAUUCCUUCUCCGUUUUUAUCCGACGUUAUAAACACCUGCCACUGGCCUCAACAUUGGCUGUCUUGUGUGAAUUUUAUAACGCGGUUGUUUAGUUACACGUCUGUUGUAAACUUAUGCUUCUUAGUACUGGAUCGUUUUAUUGCCAUCGUCCAUCCUCUAAAAUACAGUACUUUUAUGACUCGCCGUCACAUCAUCCAAGUUAUUUUCUUCUCUUGGACUGCAACAGCUGGUUUUGAAGUGCUUCAGUUUUCACUUCGUGUUAGUUUAAAAACGAGACUUGUUGAUGCUAUUUUUUGCUGGCUGGAUGUCAUUUUUCUCGAGUUUUUCCCGUCUACGCUGAUAGGUAUUCAGGUUUCAAGCAUUAUGGGUCAGCACACACUUUAACGAAAUAGCUACGAUAUAAUCAUCACUGGGUAUCUCUUAAAACCUAUCACGGCGAGAAGUCUGAUGUAAUAAUGAUGGGUAUUGUGAUAUGAGUGUUUGUUAUUACCUACGGAAUGUAUUUACGUUGUCAGUAGUUUUCUAAUACUAUUCGACACUACUGGAAUGGCAUCAUGCAACGAUGUAAAAUACAAAAUUCCUGUCUUGGUUUUAAAUUCGGCAAUUAACCCCCUGGUUUAGGCUUUUUUCAAAAGAGACGUAAAGAAAGAGUUUAGAAAACUUAUCUCUAUAAAUAUGUUUUUAAAGAAAGGCAACCAAGUUAAGCCUUCCAUGUACGUGCUUGACACAAGGAGGCAUCUUAGUAGCUCGCUCGUAUAGAAAAGUACUUACAGUUGAAAUGUACCGUCAAAAAAACUAGAUUUGCUGUAUGCUUAGAGCUUAGACUGCUUAGAGCGGCAUGGUUAGAGCUGGCAAAUCCAUUGCUCUUUUUGGACUUAAAGUGAAUUGAAAUUUGGAAAUAUUGGGAUUUGAGGAACGAGCAAGACCCAUAGGAACCUGAGAAUACUCUUUUUAGAGAAAGCUAGAAAGGACACAAAAUACACCUAACGUGUAAGCGACGCUUAGUUUGAGAUUCAAUCCCAGUGUUCAUCAUAGUAAGUGGUAUAGUAGGAUACGAACGUUUGAUGGUAGAAAAUGAACAAACAAACAAAUAAACAAAAUGGCAAAAGAGAAGGAGAAUCGCGAAAUAUGUGUCAUAUUAAUGUGUCUGCUGGGAACUUACUUAAACACCAUUUCUAGUUUUUGCUAUUAGCUUUUGAGACUUAUUGGGAAACCGUGCAAUAAAAGUUCAUCAUGUUUUCAGUUAGAAAGAUUACUUCUUUUGUCUUGUGUUCACAAUGGGUGUUUAAAAUUUCGUUUUUGCAACUUUGAAGACAAAAUGGAUCGUGGUGAGCGGUGUAAAACAUGGUUUUUUUCUUCCCGUCAUUGACGUUCACAUGCCUUAAUCAGCAUUACGAAAUUCAAAGAACGGAACCUCCAUAUCACGAAGGACCAAGGGACAGGCAAAAUGUGUUCGCUAUAACGACGUUUCGUUAUAUCGAGGGUAAUCCACUGUACUAGAUGAUCGAAAAGGCGAUGAAAGAUAACGAAAUGAAAAUAGUUAUGUACAAAAUAAAUCAUUUUCUAUUCCUGAAAGGAUCUUAUGAGAUUAACUGGUAUGAAGAAAGAAGGAAAAACACACGUAAAAAAAAAAAAAAAAAAAAAAAACUAAAUCCCUUCACAUUCGCAACCUGAAGAACUGAUCUUUUUCCCCUAUUAUACAAAUCCCUAAAUUGGAACUUUACGCAACAUUGCCCAUGGUCAAAUUUCGAGCAGGGCCACCUGUGAUUCAACUUAAAAAAUCAAUAAUGAGUGCCUUUCAGGAGCCUUUGAAAUAUUAUGAUUGUUAAUUAUGACAGUUGGUAUUAAAAUGACAGUUGCGCUGUUCAUUGGUCAAGAGAUAAAGAGGACCAGCAUAAAAUUGUUAUGAAUUAAGUCUGAUCGAAGUAAAAUGAUCUUUUUCAAGGGGAAAAAUAAUGCAUGUUUCAUUAUUGUUUUUGGCAAAAUUUGUCAACUUCUAAUUUCCCAUGCUAAAUAAAAACUAAACGAACGAAAAGAGUUUCUUUUCUUAGUCUGUAUAAAUCGUGACACAAAAUUGACUGUUGGCUGGUUGCUCACUAGGCAGUCCAACACCAAACAGGGGAAGAGUUGUCCACCGCUGGAACGCUAUGAUAUUCAAUAAGAUUUUCGAAAAAUUAAUCGACAAGAAAUGGAAGUACAACAGAAAAAUUUUAAGCUAAUUUAUACAACAGGAUAAAUUGAAGUUAAUGUGAUAACCAUAAACCCGCCCUUACCAGUAGUGGAAUCAGCUCACUUCCUUUCCACAUGCAGGAAGUGACCCCUGUCACACUAAUUGUUUCGCUCAGCCAAUUAGAUGCCAGCUAUCACAUGUACAGUUGAUGCCUAUAUUUUCGCGCCUAGCUCAGCAAAAUAGCACUUCAUAUUCUUCUCUUCGUGGAACAAAAUCCCAUCCCACCCUCCCUUAUUACUGCUUGAUUCUCUCUGCUGGUUUUCUUAAGGUUUUUUUUGAGGUCUUUUCUCUUGUUGAAAAAUUUAAGAAGCUGCUUAUACUUUUUGCAGUCAUACGAACUACUGAUCUUUGUUGUUUACACUUUGAAUCAAUUGGCAAUUAUCAAGAAGAUAUGGCAGAAAAGAGGUGGGUUUUCUACUGAGGGGAAUCAUCGUACCCGGCAUCGUAACAUGCUUGUGCACUUAGUUACUUUGGGCCUUAUUUUGAUUAUUAAGUUGAUAAAAGUUUAAUUGUCAUUUACUUACAACUUCUAUUAAUACAUUUUCGUCUAACCUCUCUCCCUUGAGGUUCAUGUUAAGUGUCUGGCUCUGCUUUCGGGAGGGUUCAGGUUUUCCUCAAAAAUAAGUGAGGGUUUUUCCUGACGGGCAGCAGGCACGCAAUCCUAGCUUAAAUUAGUGAUGAUAUCUGUAUUGAGAGUUGUUGGCAAUUAAUAAACAUGGGUUCGGGAUGAAGUGCUCCCAUACAGGUCACACUUUGCCCCAUAGACUCUUGUUACUCCUUAAACCGGGGAAUUAGACAUCUAGAGAGGUCUUUCCACCUCUCCAGUACCCAAGGGGGGUUAUCACCUCCACUCACAACCUUGGGGGAUUAUCAACCCCUAGAGAGGAUUAUCACCUAGCUUCUCACUAUCCUGGGGGAUUAUCACCCCCAAGAGAGGAUUAUCACCUCUCACUAUCUUGGGGGAUUAUCACUCCCUAGAGAGGAUUAUCACCUCUCCCUUUGUAGAUUUCGGACUGUUACACCAAUAUGUAGAGAAAAGUGACCUGCUGUCCAUAUUUGGAGUACUUCAUCCCUUACCCCUUUUUUCCCCAUAAUAAUUCUGGUCUAGUUACUUGCUUUAUCUAAGGGGUUAUGGGUUAAGAGCAUUAACCUCGAGAUAAAAAUAUAUUGAUAAUUUUGCAGGACAGUUGUUUGAGGUCAUAUCGAAGCUUCUAGGUUUCUAAUUAUGCCAUUGUGUAUAUUUUAAGAAUUGUAAAUUUAACACGUGUUCUACCAUGGUCAAUAAUUAAAAAAGGUGCAACCAGACAAUUACGUCGAGAUAUCCUGCGUUGCAGCAACGUUGCAGGCGGACCACGCAUUAUCUUUCUUCGACGCGGGAAAUCGUCGACGACAAUACCUUUUGAAAACUUUAAUUAUCGGCAACGUUAACAAAAAGGACGAUAAACAGGUGAGCCUUCCACUUAAUGAUAUUGAUACUGCCCAAAUUAACAUACUAAACUGACAUGAUCAAAAGCACUGACAAUACUAUUACUAACCAACCUGACUAAAAAUAAAUAUAUAUAUCAGUUCAAUACAUUGAACAAUUACAUAAUAAAUAAAUUAAUAGAAAUAAUAGAUAGAUUAAUAUAUCUAAAAUAUCCAAAUUCUAUUCUUUCUGAUUGGUCCGGCCAAAAACAAAAACGUUUGGCAUAGUACUGUCCUGAUCGGCUAAAGGUUUCAUCCGGUCAAUUUGUCAAUAACUUGGUAGAAAUUGUUUUUCAUUGUUUUAUUAUCAUUUUGCCAUGAAAUUAAUUUUAAAAAAAGAGGCAAGGGAGCCCAAGGAAGCCAAGAAGGCUUAGCUUGUGAAUAGGAACACCUUUAAAAGUAUGUUAUCUAAUUAAUAAAUAAAAUACUGACAUCGGUAAAGGAUUGAGUGAUUUAAAUAAAACGUAAACGAUACCGGUAGUGAACGAACGCCCUCCUGUUCACUUUUGGUUUUAUAUUCAGGGCCAUCCCUAAUAGCCAAUGCAUUGAAAACAGUUCCCUUUCUUUUCUUAUAAUUCUCCAGUUGGUAUUUUACUACAGCACAGAAAUACACUCGCUAUUUUUUGAAAAAAAUGCCAUAAAACCAUAGCCGUAGUGAGAAAUAAUAUUAUGUAAAAUGAGAUUUAGUUGAUCGGGACGUGCAGACCGCAUAUAUGGUAAAGCAAUACUCAGGCUGACGUCACCUCUUAAUAGGGAGCUUUAGCAUCGACGACGGCGACGGCAGCGAAAACGCCACUUUUAAAAUGAAUUCACUUUUUUUAGAAACUCUGUCGAGUUUAUUCCAAUUCGCUGAAAAUGUUAAAUGCAGGCGAAUUUCCCUGGAGUUAAUUUCUUGGAGACCGCACUCAAGUUUAGAAAGAGAAAGAAAAAUUUGGCGUCGCUUGUUUACGCACUCCAUUAAACGUGAAAUUACGCAUUUUCACGUCGUAGUCGUGAAGUGACAGAAAAGAAAUGUACAAAAAAGCAUGAUGUACGUGCAAAGUCAUUGUUUUGCUUAAUAAACCUAUUGGUUUUUUGAAGUUCCCUUUGCCUUUGUCGUUACUAAAGGUCCCUAAUAUUAAUGCGCCUAAUGUUAAUGUGCCGACCCGAAGCGCAUUGGUUCUUACACUAAAAAUUCGUUUGUUUCACUCGUUACAAAUUUGACUAACAAUAAAAGGAUGUUUGUAAACAGUGACGUCUCUUAUAGCUGAAUCGUGGGGUUUUUUUUGUCUGUACUCACAAAUGAAAGUUACUGAAUUAGUUAUUAGACUCCACUUAGUAGCCAGCCCGAGUACAUGCUGCUUGCAGCGUCUUCUUUACUUCUUUUCUUUACUUUCUUAUUGCUGUGGAAAACGAUUGAACAAGUAAUCGAGAUAAAUUGAAUCGUAUCCCGCGUGAUGUGAAAUUCAAUAAUUUGUUAAUGAAGCUCAUCGAUAAAAAAAACUUAAAUUAAACCCACAAAAAACUGAGAAGGCCAUGGGAUGGGUUACAUGCCAGCUGGAAAUUGGUUAAAAUCUUAACGUGACUGACAGCUGAGAAAUGAUAUCAAGUAUUGAAUGUGGCUGAAUAGAUCUGUAUAAUUCUUCAGAUCAUGCAAAAGCCAAAUUCAAUAAUUGUUUUUAUCAUUCCUUUCAAAAUAUUUAUAUCUAAGCUACCUAGUAUGCUUACCUCGAACGAUGCCUUAAAGUUUUGUCUGUUCUGGCGGUAAAUACAGGGGCGAUUUAAGGGAUGUGUAAUCCAUCAAAAAUUGGCAAAAAGUGGUUAUCAUCAGUGGUGUGUUAUAGUCUUGGGUAGUAUUUUUUAAAAUUUGUUCAAUGGUGUAAAUUAUCUAACUGAUGUGCAAACAGUUGUCCUCUUAAUUGGCCAAGAGGUGGAGACAACCAACAUAAAAUCGUCAGAAAGUCUGAAUAUAAAAUAACAAGCAGGCUUUAAUUUAUCAAGGAGAAAGGAAAAAUGUAUAUUUUUAUUACAGCUACAUGUAUGUAUAUGUAUGUAUAUUCUGUAGAUUCGUUAAAAUUUGUGAUAAAAGAAUUCAGUAGACAACCUGACCCCCGGGGGGGCGGGGUACUGCCAGAUGGGAUAUAUAAUGUUCCGCUUUAUAGGGUAUGGUGUUCAAGCAGCUAAGUCUGGGACUAGAUAUAGAUAUCAGAGAGCAACUCUUGGAUAGGGAGGAAUUUGGGAAGUUUAGUUUAGUAUAGACUAGCAAAAUUCAGCUGAACCGGAAGUAUAGGAUAGAUAUUCCGGUGUCGCAGCGGCACAUUGCCACCCGAAAAUUUCUAAAGGACCCCCCUCCCGCCCCGGGCGGGCAACCCUAAAAGAGUAGACGAGAUGUCCACUGCUUAAACGGUACAUUAAAAAGCGCUACAUGAUAAAAUCUUCGAAAUUAAGCGAUAAGAAAAGAUCACUUUUAUAUCUUUAACAACGUAUUAGAUUCCAAGAAUUUAUUAAAACAUUUUGUACUUAUUUUAUUAUCAAACACGCAAAGAAACGUUUGGUAUUUAAUAUAUUAUCGUCCUGAUGCAAAUUUUUGCUAUAGCAAAGCGCAAGACAAAUCAUUACGACAUUAAUUAGCAAAUUAUUACAAAUAAAGACGAUUAAAAGAACAAAUAGAGCGUUUUCACUCACGUGGCCAGCAACUAUGCAAAUUUAUUGGAACAAAAGAGAGCGUUUACAGAAGAGAAGAGUUCAGUCAACUCCCACAGGAUUGGUUGGCACGCCAACAACGCCGCCGUUUCAUUGUUUUAAAACACCAAUAUGGCCGCCGUGACGCCAUGUAAAAACGCCCCAUGCUAACCAGUUGACAUGUGUCUCUGAUAUUUAUGCAAGAUGUUGGUUAUAUUCUACAGUUGACAAGAACUUCUUUUAACUGUUAAGAUGGAGACAUGGUUUUGGAUUCUAGGCUGGGUUCUUUCAUUCCUGACCAUCAUUGGAAAUGGAUUUACAAUCUUCCUCGUUUGCAGCAGACGAAAUCUCCGCACCAAAACCAACGCGUUUAUUGUUUCACUUGCAGUAGCAGAUUUCUGUGUUGGUUUGAGCGUUAUUCCUUCUCUGUUCGCAUGCGACGUUACAAACACCUGCUACUGGCCUCAACAGUUGCGAUCUUGGGUGAAUUUUAUAAGGUGGUUGUUUAGUAACACGUCUGUUGUAAACUUAUGCGGCUUAGUACUGGAUCGUUUUAUUGCCAUCGUCCAUCCUCUAAAAUACAUUACUUUGAUGAAUCGCCGUCGAAUUACCCAAGCUAUUUUCUUCUCUUGGGUUCUACCAGUUAGUUAUAAUGUGCCAAUGUUUGCCCUUUGUAUUGUUUUAUAUCAAAACAAUACCUGUCCUUUUGCAACUUGGCUGACCAUAGUUUUCGAGAUUCUUCCAUGUGUUAUACUGAUACUCUGCUUUGUAUCAAUGGUAUUUCACGUAUGCAGACAUGAUCGGUCAGCACACACCUUAGCAAAACAGUUAAGUUUUAACCAUCAGGUUUCUUUUAAAACCCAUCAAGAGAAGUCUGCAGUAAUAAUGAUGGGUCUUGUGAUAGGAGUGUUUGUUGUUUGCUAUGGGAUACAUCUGCGUUGUAGUUUUCUAUUACUAUCGUCAUCGCCCUGCAAUGAUAAAAACUACAAAAUUCCUGUCUUGGUUUUAAACUCGGCCAUUAACCCGCUGGCUUAUGCCUUUUUUAAAAGAGACAUAAAGAAAGAGUUUAAAAAACUUGUUGGCACUGUGUUUUAA